CCGCGCCACGAGUUCUCUUACAUCGACCCCAUAAGAGUCGCGCUGUAAGAAGCCGCCUCCUCUCCCGGCCUCUUCGCCAGCAGCAGCAUGCGCGAGUGCAUCUCCAUCCACGUGGGCCAGGCCGGCGUCCAGAUUGGCAAUGCCUGCUGGGAGCUGUACUGCCUGGAGCAUGGCAUCCAGCCCGAUGGGCAGAUGCCCAGUGACAAGACGAUUGGUGGGGGUGACGACUCCUUCAACACCUUCUUCAGCGAGACCGGAGCUGGCAAGCAUGUGCCCAGGGCUGUCUUUGUGGACCUGGAGCCCACCGUCAUAGAUGAAGUGCGCACUGGCACCUACCGCCAGCUCUUCCACCCUGAGCAGCUGAUCACAGGCAAGGAGGAUGCCGCCAACAACUAUGCCCGUGGGCACUACACCAUCGGCAAGGAAAUCAUCGACCUGGUGCUGGACCGCAUCCGCAAGCUGGCUGACCAGUGCACCGGGCUCCAGGGCUUCCUGGUCUUCCACAGCUUCGGGGGAGGCACCGGCUCCGGCUUCACCUCCCUGCUGAUGGAGCGCCUGUCUGUGGACUACGGCAAGAAGUCCAAGCUGGAGUUCUCCAUCUACCCGGCCCCGCAGGUCUCCACAGCUGUGGUGGAGCCCUACAACUCCAUCCUGACCACCCACACCACGCUGGAGCACUCGGACUGUGCCUUCAUGGUGGACAACGAGGCCAUCUACGACAUCUGCCGCCGCAACCUGGACAUCGAGCGCCCCACCUACACCAACCUGAACAGGCUGAUUGGCCAGAUCGUGUCGUCCAUCACCGCCUCGCUGCGCUUCGACGGGGCCCUGAACGUAGAUCUGACGGAGUUCCAGACCAACCUGGUGCCCUACCCCCGCAUCCACUUCCCCCUGGCCACCUACGCCCCUGUCAUCUCUGCCGAGAAGGCCUACCACGAGCAGCUGUCUGUAGCCGAGAUCACCAAUGCCUGCUUCGAGCCGGCCAACCAGAUGGUGAAAUGCGACCCCCGCCACGGCAAGUACAUGGCCUGCUGCCUGCUGUACCGUGGUGACGUGGUGCCCAAAGAUGUCAACGCUGCCAUUGCCACCAUCAAGACCAAGCGCACCAUCCAGUUCGUGGACUGGUGCCCAACUGGGUUCAAGGUGGGCAUCAACUAUCAGCCCCCGACAGUGGUGCCCGGUGGUGACCUGGCCAAGGUGCAGCGUGCUGUGUGCAUGCUGAGCAACACCACGGCCAUCGCUGAGGCCUGGGCACGCCUGGACCACAAGUUCGACCUGAUGUACGCCAAGCGUGCCUUCGUGCACUGGUACGUGGGCGAGGGCAUGGAGGAGGGGGAGUUCUCGGAGGCGCGCGAGGACAUGGCUGCCCUGGAGAAGGAUUAUGAGGAGGUGGGGGUGGAUUCAGUGGAAGGGGAGGGGGAAGAAGAGGGGGAGGAGUACUAAACAAUGUCACAAUGGUGCUGCUCUUACAGGGAACUUAAACUAGUUUAAAGGUGCAGCAUGUCUGGUCCGUCUGUACACGUGUCACCUGUCACGGCAACGGAUCCGUGCUUGCAAGCAGAGGUUUGUUCUGGACCCAACUGUUCAUGUCUGAUGAGUUCGUGAAUAAAAAACUUUCCCUGUCUUA